UGUCACAAACUUAUAUAAACAACUUCAACGUAAAUGACUCAUUAAAACUGAAACGGGGAAUUUUAGGAGUUUAUUUUAUACACGGAACAUAUUUGGGCUCUGAUAGCUGUUUAGUUCAAAAUAUUACUUUAUGAAAAAUCGGAAUUAAAAUUGUUGUACUAAUAACCAUUUUGAAAGUGUAACCGUGUACAACAGCCUUUGUAUGUAAACACUUGAAAUAAUCAUUGUGUACACACCGGUCUUACUGACAAUAACGUAGUGACGUCACCAUCUAUGUAUAGAAUGUUGAAAUAAUUGCUAUGAACAAUAAACUAGUGUAGCGCGCCUUUUGAGUCGGACAAACGCUUGUUUCGGUUUAAUGUAAAGCCAAGCGAUAACCAAGAGGAGCGUCUGUUAUUGAUCAGUCGGAUGUUUCAGUGAAUGAGAGUAGUAGCGGAUUUUUCAAAAAAAAACAUUGUUCAAACAACAUAUUAACAUGGAUUGGAAGGAGUCGAAGAUCCUAGUUACUUUAGGACUUGUUCUCGGAUUGUUCCUGAAAUACACAGAGGGUCUGUCGUGUUACCAGUGCAAUGUUUUCAUCCGGGGAACUCCGUGGCCAUGUAACUCGAACAAGGGCAUGCGCAAAGUGGACGACUGUCACGCGUGCCUUAAAACCUACACCCGAACAUACUUACAUAACACGUUCUUUGAUGAAAUAUUGACAUCAUACGAGUCUCGGGUCUGCGUCAAGGACCGCGAUUACGUGAAGGCGGCCGGAUGCCACCCGCUUACGAUAGACUCCGGCUACAUGAAGCGCUGCUUCUGCUUUGAUGAUUACUGCAACACUUCCGGGCGCCCCGCGGUGUCGUUCCUUGCAUUCGGCGUUUGUGCAGUCAUGACUAUUGCGCGUUUGUGGUUGCUUUAGUGGCGACCACCUCCAACGAGUUGUGUUCUGUGCAAAAUCUCGGCAGCGCAGUGACUUCAGGAAAAUCCACUCUCAUCACGUGCAUUUGUGUAAAUACUUUUCAAUGUACCAUAACACAAUCAGGUCAUCCGUGUGCAUGCUGGAAUAAAAGAAAAGUGCGGUGCCUCAAACGUUAACAACCUCGGAUAAGUAAUUAGUAAUGCAGUGCAUAUGCUUCGCUGGAAUACAAUUUUCGAGUGUUUAAUCGAAAAUGAAACGGAGAUCUAUUUUUGAGAGCAAAAUCUUAAAAAUAUAGGGGAGAUAAAUCUAAAGAAGUAGACUGCAAUAUUGGAAGAAUAACCUCCCAUGCACAGUUUAUUUUAUAUUUUAUUUCAAAACUUGAUGAAACUGAGAAGUGAAUAUUUGCAGUGUUUUUUUUUUGCGGUCAUGGUGGUUAUUGGUAAUGAAAGAGACGCAUCUACAUACAAAUCAUGUCUUUUCCUGACAUUCACUAUUGUAAAUAUCCAACAUGUUAAAAAAAUCGUUCGUAGUUUGGUUUGUACCUUUGCCUGUAUAUACAUGUAUACAUAUCACCUUUAUUUUAACUACCAUGUAUGUUCUCAUGUUUAUUUUGUAUCAAUAAAAUGGCUUUAUAAGUGCAUAAGAACGAUUUUAGAUUAACGAGUAACUUUGCAUUAGUAAACGCUAACGUACGAACAAAGUUGAUCGAAAAGCAAAAAAAAACAAACUUUUGGAAGGUAAAACUUUUACUGUAUAUAAAUAAAGACAACCGGUUA